AUUACGAGACCAGAACAUAAUGGUGUUUACUGACUACUACUACUCGAGAUUAAAUUUCGUGGUCAAAAUGUUGUUCUGGUAGCAUGCUUAGAUUAACAAAUUUCAUUGUUCAACCAACAUUUUUUAUGGAGAGGAGACUUUAUAUUUUUCGCCAUUUAUUUGGCAAGGCAGCUGUAUCGGCGAUUAGAAACAAUAGAAGACACAAUCUUUUACUAGCCGUAGGUAUCACUGAACAUAAACGGCCUAAAAGUGAUAUUGUACAAACGCCUGUUGAUAGUAAAAUUGCCCGGACUUCAGAGAAAGAGAAAGAUGUUCAAGUUUCACACACCAUGAAACACCUAAUGAAAGGUGAAGACAAGUUUGCAAAAAUCAAAAGAGUUAGUUUUUUUCGUGGCAAAAUGGAACAAAGAAUUGAUAAGCGUCAUAUUCUUGCCUUUGAAAAUGCACUAACGGAGGAAAGGACUAAAGAAGGAUUUGUACGUGUUGUUCACGACUUUUUGGCCAAGGAUAGACUGAAAAGAGGUCAUCUUAGUUUUGUUAGCACGUCUCUGAAUUACAUGGAUUCAUUUGGUUUACACAAAGACCUUGAUGUAUACAAUGAAAUUUUAGAAGUUUUCCCAAAGUAUGUUAUUACUAACAAGACUCUACUGGAUGCCCUAUGGCCUAAACCCCAUCCACAGAUUGAUAUUGCUCUAGAUUUACUAACUAAAAUGGAGGACAAUGGCAUCAGGCCAGAUGACUUGACAUACACAAUUUUGUUAGAAAUAUUUGGCAAAGCAGGUCUCCCAGUCCAGAAAGCUCAACGAAUGGCAUAUUGGUUUGAUAAAUACCAGCACGCUAAUCCUUAUCUUGUUUCAGAUGAAGAUCUUAAGGAUAGGUUUAAGCUUUGCAAAUUGGCACUUACAAGAAUGACUAUGGAUGAAGAAAAUAUCAAAGUGUACACAUGUGAGGAUGAUCCUGGCAGUAUUUAUAAAAAGUCAUUUAUCAUUGGAUGCCAGAAUGAGGAACAAAGAGAAUUUCUUGCAACACAUGAUGCAUCAAAAACACUUUAUCUAGAAGGACCAUACCAUAUCUGGAUGAAUCAUAUAAAGGAACAAUAUUACCUACUUAGGUCCCAACCAAUUGAUAUGGAAAACCCAAUAACACAUGAAGAUGAUACAAGAGUGCGCGAAGGUAUGGUUGUUGGCCUAUGCAUGACAAAUAAGUCAGUGAAAGAAGCAUUGCAAAGUUGGUUAGUCCAUCUGCAAGAAGACAACCCAAGACUGUCUAAGUUUAAAAUAAUUUUUAAUGUCAAUGUUCAAGAUGAAAUUGUCACUUUCUAAAUAGAUUAAGAAGAAAUAAAAGCCAUGAGUGUUUUUGCUUUUGUAUGAAAAGUGAUUUCUAUUUUAUGGUUUAUGAAAUAAUAUUGCGGGUUGAA